ACUGGAUUCAGCUUCUCCCAGGAUGAGAAAGAGCUUGUUUUUUUAGAAGCAUCAGGGCAGCAAAGCAAAUGUUACUCCUUUCCUCAUCUUAAUGUGAUGGACUCUGGGAAGUACAGCUGUAAGUGCUGGAGACGAGGCUAUGCUGGGGCAGAUUUCAAAUCCCCAGAGAGCAACCCUGUGUGGAUUAAGGUGUUUGACCAUUCUCCUCCUCCACUCUUCUCCGUGUCGCCCAAGCAUGCCGUUUACAGCAGUGGGGAAUUUGUCACCUUUACCUGCUCAGCUCCUGACAACCGCCGCAAAUCAAAGAUCCAGUUUUUCAGUGACAAAAGGCUGCUGCAUCUCACCCUGUCCUCAUCCGUUCUGGUCACUUUCACACACUCCUUGUGCCUGUCUCCACAAGACAGCGGAAACUAUUCCUGCAUGUACCAUGUUGUGGAAGCCGGACGGGAGAUCCCAUCCCAGAGAAGCAGCUCCAUCUUUAUUCCAGUGAUGGAGAGCCCACCUGCAAACCUUUCCUUGCAACCCGAACGCCCUGUCUACAUCCACAGGGAAGAGGUUACCCUGAACUGUUCCGCUCCUGAGGGUUUGGCGGUGGAAGGAUACACUUUCUUCAAGGAACGACGAGAACAGAGCUCUAGUGAGCUGCCCCGGAGAGAGUUGGGGUCCUAUGAAGUACUCCACGUGGGAGAAGAUACCACUGGGAAUUACACCUGUGUAUAUUGGAUGCUGUGCUCGGGACAGGAGAUUCUGUCUCCACAGAGCAACCUGGUCUCUGUAGCCAUGACAGAACCGCCUCCUCCUCCAGUGCUGACCAUGGAUCCUCCAUCUGGAGAGCUGGAUGAAGGGGGCUCCCUGCAGCUCACUUGCUCAGCCAAUGGGAGCAACCCUGACAGACGGUUCCAUUUCUACCGGGAUGGUCUUGAGAUGGCCUCCAGAGAAGAAGGGUCUCUGAAGGACUCCAGCGAGCCUGGAAAUGCUUCCCAAGGGGCCUCUGUAAACAUCUUACAAGCCAAGCCAAACCACAGCGGAGAAUUUGCUUGCAGAUACGAGGAAGAAAGUAGCGGCUGGUGGGUCCCCUCUCCCUGGAGCCAGACGGUGAAUGUCACAGGUGAGUCAUUUUGGGGUAGGGUGCAGUUCUUAGUGGCUCAAACCCACUUCAGCACAGGGGUGUGUGCUGUUUGA